AGACCUACAGGACCCUGGUGUCCGUGGCGGACGCGCUGCGAGCUCAGGCAGCACAGGCGGGACCCGCCGCCCCAUCUCUUCCCGACCCGCCCGGCCACUGCCCGGCUCGGCCUCCGCAGCCUCCGUGCGUCUCUGCGGGCACCUGCCAUGGCCACGCCUCGGGGAAUGGUGACUUUCGAGGACGUGGCUGUGAACUUCACCCGGGAGGAGUGGCAGGACCUGGAUGAUGCUCAGAGGACCCUGUACAGGGAUGUGAUGCUGGAGACCUACAGGACCCUCGUGUCCCUGGAUGGCGCAGGUCUCCCAGGUACUGGUUCCCUAUGGCAGGAGAAGAAAAUCUUGUUCGAAAUUGUCUGGCUGACUACAAUACCAAGAUGAACAUAUUUUUCCCAAGCAGUUCUGCUUCUCCAGAUAAAGAGACUAGAAGCCAAAGGCUUCACCUUUGUCUAAACGGUACCCAGCCAUCAGAAGAACCUGACCUAAGGAUGUCUUACUUUAAGAUUUCAUCUGGGAACAGAGUAUGUGACAAAAGAUAACAGGAUACAUCCAACCACGCAGCAUAGUUUAAGCAUCUGUUAUUUUGGUUAACACCCCAUUGUCUGAAGUGAUAAUAUGGCCAAGUCUAAAGUCAUGGAGCAGAGACGUUCACUUCAGCCACACUAAUGCUAUGGUAAGAGUGAUCUAUUCCUCAGGGAUGUAAAAUUAGGUAAGAUCCAUUAACUCAAAUCAUUAUAUACUUGGUAAGUAAUUUUACCCUUUAGAGAUAGUUUGGAAAUUACAAGACAGCAUAUGUGUUAAAUUUUUAUAUUAACCUAACAUGAUUUAUAGGAUUCUUUAAACAUCUUAACUUUAACUAUAAUCAACUUUGCGCUUUCACCUAAGUAAUAUGUUUCUUCUGUAAAACCAUUUUUAUGCAGUCUUUUGCAAUGUAGCAAAUCAUCCCAAAGUGAGUGGCUUAAAAACAUGGUUUUAUAUUUGGUUACAAUUUAGGCUGUGCACAGCUGGGAUAUCUUGCUCAUAUACGGACUUCCACUGAGGUUUCCAAGGUAUCUACUUCACACCUGAGGCUGGAUCUUUGAUCACAGAGAUCUAAAACAUUUUACUCUUGUCCCACUACUUUACUAAGAUUCUUCUUCACUUUCAUCCCGAACAAAAUAUGUCAAUUUAUUGAAGAAGUAUAUACUACCAGUUAGGCAUAUAUUAAAUGGCAAUUAGAUUUCCUUCCUUUCAAUUCAACAUAUGAUAACGAACAAAUUGUAAAUAUUACAUCCAUCCUCAACAGUCUUCUGCUCAUCCCUAGGAGACCACCAUUUUAGAUCAGUAGAUGGUUUUCCCAAUGAUCUGAUUCUCAUCUCUCAUUUUGGUUAGGUUAACAGUGAGUCUGAAAACAUCUGAGUUAUCACAAUAGUUUUUUUUUUCUACUUUACUAAUAGUACUAGUGAUUGACAGAUGGUCUAUGCAAUAUUUCCAAGAUCCAGGAAUAUCUUAUAAUUCUGUCCUCCUCAGUAUCUUAAGGUUACUCUCAAUUUUUCCAGUGGGUGAAUUAAGGGGUGGGGGGAGAUCCGUGGGAGAUGACACAGACCUGGAAGUAGCAGACAUCGCUUGUCCCCAUAUACAAAGGACAGCGCCACACACAAGAAUGGGUCCAUAUCCCCACCUACUGGGCACGGUACCAGGGAUGGGAUCCACCCAGAUGCCCCAUUUCCAGGACUCACCCCUAUGCCCAGUGCUAAGUGGUCCCACAGGGCUUAAAGGUAAAUUGGAAAAUAAGUGGCAAACUACCCUCUAUUCUUUCACUAGUUAUCAGUGGUCUAUAAAGCUACUGCUUUGUCCUUGAUUUGGGACUGUCUGAUCAAAUCAAGUAGAAAUUUGUAGAGAUGAGGCAGGAUGUGAAAAUACCAUUAAUUGGGACUAUAUCACAUUAAAAAGCAAAAGAAAAUUAACACAUGCAAAAUCAAGACAGCCUACUGAACGGGAGAGGAUAUUUAUAUAGCAUACAUUUGAUAAAGAGUUAAUAUUCAAGGUAUAUAAAUAACUCGUACAACUCAACAAUAAUUUUUUUUAAUGGCCAGAAGUUCUGAACAGGGACUUCUCCAGAGAGGAUACACAGAUGGCUGGGAGUAAGGGGGUAGGUGUCCAGUCAAUGAUGACUGAUGUUUCACGUUGUUAAAUAAGUUAAAAAUUAAGGGGAAAAUGUUCCAAAAUAUAUAACAGUUCAUUGAUUCUGUAAAAAGUAGAUAAAUUCAUAGAAGUAGUAAAGUAAUGAAGACUGAGAUGUUGCCUAUUGUCAUGAAACAGUUGAGUGUUUUUUAAAAUAUUUCUCUAGCGUGUAAUAAGAGAACUGUGGUCAAUAAAAUAACACUAUGUUGCAAAUGACAAAAUGCAUGAAGUAUUUGUAAUUAAAGAGAGGUUCUUGGACCUCAUUAACAUCAAAGAGACAAUUGAUACCAACUUACACAUGGUUGUCAAAAAUACAUAUUUGCAAAAACCAAAAGCAACCACAAGCAAACAGCAAAAAUGGUGGUUUUAAUAGAAAAUAUGGCUCUGCUUGUGAAAAUGACAACAGAAAAAAUGAGCAUUUAAAAAAAUGUAGCAAAGACAGAAGUGUGGCUGGUCACAUUCAUCUGUUUUCUGAUAAUAGUUACAAACAUAAGAUAAAUUUUUAAAGAAUGGGUCCCAAAAGUAUACAGAAAAAACUUCACAUUUAAGAGAAAAAUAAUUAAAUGAAAAUGGCCAUGUGGCAAAGAGUUCAGCAAACCUAAAAAAUGUGUUUUUGAGAUCACAGCCUAGGUGGGAAGAUGAGAGAAUAAAACAGGAUAUUCAUCUUUUUUAAAAGUGUGUUACCCAUCGACAUUAUGAAAAAUAGUAUGUUUCUCAAAUAUUAAACUCUAACCAUAUGAUGCAGCAAUUCACAAAGGAAAGCAGAAGCAGGUAUUUGUUGUACAUGCUCAUAGCAACAUAAUUCACAAGAGUCAAAAGGUGGAAGCUACAUAAAUGUUCCUUGACAGAUAAAUGGAUGAACAAAAUGGUAUAUACAUACAAUGGAAUAUCAUUCAGCCUUCAAAAGGAGUCUGACACAUGCUACAAUAGGAAUGAAACUUGAGGACAUUAUUCUAAGUGAAAUAAGCUAACCACAAAAUAUCAAAAACUGUGUUAUUGCAUUUAGAUGAAAUAUUUAGAAUAGUCAAAUUCACUGAAGCAGGAAAUAAAAUGGUGGUUGUCAAUUGUUGAGAAGAAGGGCCAGUGAGGAGCUGUUUAGUGGGGACAGAGCUUCAUCUCUGCAGAUGACAAAUUUGGGAGACUGGUUACAUCAUCAGGUGAAUAUACUUAAUUAUACUAAAUAGACUGUAAAAUUUUAAUGUAUUUUCCAUAAUAAAAAAAUGU